CUUAAGUUUACUACUGAGGACGAAACAAGAACGUAAACAAAACCAGUGAAGGCAACAUAUUUUGGAUUGACCUUCCCCAUCAGUGGAAUGUCAAAGAACCCUUACAAUAAUGGAAGUUUUGAUCAAGGAAACAUGUUAGAUGGUGACAAUCUGAAAUACUCUGUGACUAUGAGUGGGAGCCCGACUAAUGCCACGCAGUUUGUGUUUGGGCGCGCUGGCAGUACCGGUUCUAUUCCAGGAUCCUCUGCAUCAUCUGCCCAUAACACAGAUGACGAGGACAGUGAUGGCAACAAGACUACAUUGAGUUACAAGGAUCGUCGCCGCGAGGCCCAUACAGCUGCUGAACAGAAACGAAGAGAUGCCAUCAAGAGAGGGUAUGAUGAGCUUCAAGCCAUUGUUCCAACCUGCCAGCAGUCUGAUGCCAUGGCGCCAUCCAAACUGAGCAAGGCCACAGUGCUGCAGAGAUCCAUUGACUACAUCCAGUACCUUGUGGGCCAGAAGAAGAAACAGGAAGAUGAGCUUGACUCUCUUCGCAAGGAAGUGAUGGCUCUAAAAAUCAUGAAGGCAAAUUAUGAGCACAUUGUGAAGACCCACCAGAAUCAGCCCUCUCACGGACAGAACCAGGUGUCUGAUGCUGUCAAGUUCCAUGUGUUUAAGCAGGUGAUGGAUGCACUGUUCCAGACGUUCAAUGCAAACAUCUCCGUAGCCAACUUUGCCGAACUCUCUGCUUGUGUCUUCAGCUGGCUCGAGGAACACUGUAAACCCCAGACAUUGAGAGAGGUGAUGUUAGGAGUUCUCCGAAAGGUCAAUGAGCAGCUGGUCACCCACUGAUGACUGACACUGACAUACACUGACCGGAGUUUGUGGGGAGGAAGGGAGACACACAUUGUUUAACUACACUGACUGUUGUUUGUGGGGAG